AAGGAGGAUUGAGGAAAGCCUUUAGUAGCCACACUCCUUCACUCAGUCACUCUCCCCUUGUAAGUGACACCCACCACUACAUUUGCUGUCUGCAAGACCUCAUCUUCUGAGUCAGUAAUGGCCUGCAGUCUAUCGUUCAGCCUCUUCCUCCUUGUGCUCCUGUCCCUUUCCUGUCCCGCUCGCGCCGAACCUCGGAGGACUACAGCGUCUCAGCGCAGAGUGUCUCGCGCACCAGCUCUCAAGGUCCGUUUGGCAGGCACCUUCGCGCGACAAGCGCACGAAGGGCGCGUGGAGGUGUUGCACAACAGCACUUGGGGGACCGUCUGCGACGAUGAGGUGGACAUCAAGCUCGCCAACGUCGUGUGCCGUGAGCUGGGGUUCGAAGGUGGCUUAACGUGGGCUCACAGCGCACAGUAUGGAGAAGGAACAGGCCCAAUAUGGAUGGAUAAUGUACGCUGUGACGGCUCAGAGAAGUCCUUGAAGGACUGCAAACACAACGGUUGGGGAGUGAAUGACUGCAAACACUCUGAAGAUUUGGGGGUUGUGUGCACCCCUGAGCGUAGGGCGGUGAGUCAGCCAGCCAGCAGAGCCCACACCACUGCUCCAAGGCCUAAUGGUAAUACUGCACCUCAAUGGCAGGGGCUUGUGGACACCCGCGGGCAACCAGGGUAUGGAUAUUAUGGAAAUGGACAUCCAUAUGAGGUUCCCAGGUUCCAAAGGCCCCAUCAUCAUCACCACCACUAUCAGAGGCAAAGUAAGGUGCGAAUUGAGGAGGUCCGUCUUCGCCCCAUCCUCAUGUCUACAAAGAAGAAGAGCCUUAUGACAGAGGGUGUGGUGGAAGUGAAGCAUGCUGGGAGAUGGAGACAAGUUUGCGACAAGGGCUGGAGUCUCAAUAGCAGCCGGGUUGUGUGUGGGAUGCUUGGCUUUCCAGAGGCUACUCAGCACAAUGUGAGAACAUAUAAGAAAAUAUGGGAUACCAAGGUUGAAGAUCCUUCAACAAGACUGAGUCUCAUGGCAAAAAAGAAAGGAUUUUGGGUAGAGAAAGUUCAUUGUAUAGGCACUGAGAACAGUCUCUCAGAGUGCCAUGCUCAGCUGUCAAUCCCCCGUAGUCCUACCCCUUGUAAAAAUGGGAGACAUGCAGUGGUCAAGUGUGUACCAGGACCUCAGUUUGCUCGCAUCUCUUCAGGAAGACCUCAAGCGCCCUAUCCAGUUGUGCCUGUUCGUCUCAAGGUGGGCCCCAGACUGGGAGAGGGGCGUGUGGAGGUGCUCCGUGAUGGAAAAUGGGGGACUAUUGUAGAUCACUUGUGGGACAGAACAGCAGCCAGUGUUGUGUGCAGGGAACUGGGCUUUGGUACUGCCAAAGAUGCGCUGCAUGGAGCCUUUAUGGGUCAAGGUACAGGGCCCAUCCAUAUGAACAAUGUUCAGUGUACUGGGCUGGAACACUCUAUUCUAGACUGCUACUUCCAGGAAGUCCAACCAUGGACAUUCAAACACAGCCAGGAUGCCUCAGUACGCUGCAACGUUCCUAAAACAGGCACAGAGAAGACGGUGCGGCUCGCUGGUGGUAGAGUCCCAUCAGAAGGCCGUGUAGAGGUGUUGAUGGAGGUUGGGGGUCGUAAACGCUGGGGCUCUGUCUGUAGUGAGAACUGGGGCAUAACCGAGGCCAUGGUGGUAUGCAGACAGCUGGGCCUGGGCUUUGCUGCCAGUGCUCAUCAGGAAACCUGGUACUGGCCUGGCGACCCCAGUGUCAACGAUGUGAUUCUCAGCGGAACUCACUGCGUGGGAACAGAGCUUUCAAUUCAACAGUGUCGUCGUAACAACCAUAUCCAUUGUCCUCGUGGAGGUGGAGCAAAGGCUGCUGGGGUCAGCUGUUCUGACACGGCACCUGACCUUGUUGUGGAUGCCCAGCUGGUCCAGGAGACAGCCUACCUGGAAGACCGUCCUCUCCAUCUUCUGACCUGUGCCAAUGAAGAGAACUGUCUGUCAUCAUCUGCUGCCAGGAUGAACUGGCCUUAUGGCCACCGACGCCUGCUGAGGUUCUCCUCCCGCAUCAUGAAUUUGGGUCGUUCUGAUUUCAGACCCAAAGCAUCGAAAGAGAGCUGGACAUGGCACCAGUGUCACAGGCACUACCACAGCAUUGAGGUGUUCACGCAUUACGACCUGCUGACUCUGAAUGGCACGAGGGUUGCAGAGGGACACAAGGCCAGUUUCUGUCUGGAGGACACAUAUUGCCCUGAUGGCCUCCAGAAACGCUUUUCCUGUUAUAACAUGGGUGAUCAAGGCAUCUCUGUGGGCUGCUGGGAUACAUAUCGGCAUGAUAUCGACUGUCAGUGGGUUGACGUGACUGAUGUACGGCCAGGAGACUACAUAUUCCAGGUGGAAGUCAACCCCUCACUGGACAUGGCUGAGUCUGACUUUAUGAACAAUGUUAUGAGAUGUCGGUGCAAAUAUGAUGGCCACAGAGCUUACAUGUAUGGAUGCCAUGCAGGUGAUGCAUAUAGUGCAGAAACCGAAGACCUGUUUGAGCAUCAGAGGCAAAUCACCAACAACUUUCUGUAGCCUGUCCCAGGUUCCAGGAGGAGGCCUUCUCAUGUGGCCCAGGGACCACUAAGGUUGGGUUUACGUUGAUGGCAUCAGGCUCUUUGGAUAUUAGGACCCACAAUAAUAUGUAAAACUGUGCCUGCUCAUCUCCUUGCAAGAUGUGGAAAUAAUAAUACACAACAGCAGCCAUUGCAGAGACACUACUCAACUCACCGACUACAAGAGUUGGGAGGUUAAAGAUGGUCGACAUGUUUUUUACUCUAGUUAAGUAAGAUUUUUGUUAUUAUAACUACAAUAUUUUUUGUGAAUGUGGACUACUAGUAACUUAAAUUAGAUUUUAAAAACACAUACACAUGAAAGACCUUCAUGUCACUGUAACUAACCUGCCACAAAGACAACAGGGAUGCCGAUGCUGUAAGGAAAUGACACUUAGAAUUAUUUCCCCCAAUAUCAUGAUAGAAACUUGGGAUUGGAUCAUUUGUAAUACUUGUGUUAUUGGUGCUCUUUAACAAUACUGUAUGUCAUUAUAUUAACCUCAGUAUAUUUCAGGUGAAUGGUACAUUCUGGGUAGUUUUCCUUUCAGAUUAUUUUUACUUUGGUUUAAAGAAAAAUCAGCAUUUUACAGAAGUGUAGCUGUCCCUCUCAUCUAGAGUAGAUGUCAGAUUAUUUUUGUGGAACAAAGCACUUUAUCUUUUAAACAUCAGUAUUCUAGUUUUGUCCCCACUCUUGUUUCAUUAACCAUUAAGAAUUUUAUCGUUUCAUAUUUACAUGUCAAAAAGUGAAAUACAAAGGGGUUUUUUCAUAUUCAAUGUGUUAUUUAUGCUAUACAUUAUUACUUUAUUUAUUCAUGAAAUUGACACCUAAACAACAUUCUUAGUCAAGACGUUAGCUAGAAUCUAUAUAAAAUGUUUUGCUGUUUUUCUGGACCAGUGGAUAAAUCGUUUAUACAGUUGUUAAAGUAUUUGGUAUUUGAAUGACCCCAUAAUACAGCUGAAUAGUUGUAGAUAUAUUUUAUUAUAUUAGUAAAACAACUGUAAUGGUAAAGUGUUUUUUUUUCCCUCUUCCACCCUCUCUGAUGGGAGAGAAAACUGGUGUGACAAGACCACAGCAUUGGGGCAGGCAAGAAGGCAGGCUGGGUUUUGAGAGCAUAUAAAAAGCCUUUUAAUUGCAUACGUUCGGUUAGACUUACUGUUAAGGUUAACAUUCGGGGUAUAGCAAAGACAUUACAAAGAAACGCUAUGGAGUAGUUACUUAAAGGGGACAAAUUUGUGUUUGCGUGUUUACAUAGGCUACAAGAAAAAGAUUUUCUCAGAGAUUUGGCAAGUGAGGGAAAGAGAGGAUGGAAAAGAAAAGGAGAAAGACAGAAAGGGAUCAGGGUUUGGAGAAAGACUCAAGCAGACAUACAGUUUUACUACCAAAUCUGCGUUUUUUUGUAGGCAGCCAUACAGCAACCACAAGCUGGCAUUUUCAGCUCUCCUACGAGAACAACAUGUUUGUCUGGGAGAAAAAAAUGGAAUAAAAUGUCCUGUUCAUGUUUCAACACUGGCCUUGUUUGUGCUUACAGAAGGCCUGGUAAAACGUACUGUAUAUUGUACACUUUUGCUGAAUCUCUUAGCACAGCAAACAAUAAUACAACAUUUUCUUUACAACGUGGAACACGUGUUAAUGAUGUUAUUUACCCAUUAAUGUGUUUGAUGUGUUUGGCUUACUGGCUUAGUGGUUAAACCCAUUAAGAUGGUUUUCUAAUGGACAGAUUCCAGGACAUGUUGUGGAAGAGACACGUCACUCAUAAAGACAGCUGCAGACUUAAUUAAUUUCUUCAGCAGAUUGGCGUAAUCCGGGACUCUUUUUUUUCCUUGACAAAGAAGGCCCUUUACAGCUCUGUAAUCAUGCAUGCCCAGCUAAACAAAGAGAUUUUUUGGGGGGGAAAGUCUAAAUUUACUGUUUGCUGAUGCUUUUCUGUUGUUUUGUGCUUAUGUACAGUGUAUUUUAACAUAUUACGGCCUUUUUCUGUGUUAUUUAACAUUAUAUGCCACUCCAUAGCUUAAGUGGCUGUAUAUUCAUCAUAUUACUGUAUUGUUUUCUACGGCCAGUUGUGCUUUAAUUCUGUCUUUUAAGCUGAGAGUGUGAUCUACGUGGUGCUUAUCUACAAAGCUGUACUCUCAGGGAUUUUGACCUCAUCUAAAAACUAAAAAACAUGAUGUGAUUAAGUUUGCUUUUAGCUGUGAUGCAUACAUUAUGACACCAAAUAAACUGGAUCUGUUUUGUUUUUGUUUUUUCUAAUUUUAUUUUUGUCAACACUCUUACAAAAUGUAAUCUGUACCCACAUGUUUAUCUUGCAGGUAAAAUUUAAGGUAUGAAGGUGAUAAGCUUUGUUACGUCUUUCCUUGAGGAAAGUUAGAUAGACACUGUCUGAGUCGGAGCCACAUUUCAGUUAAAGAACAAAUCCAUUCAUCCAUCAUAACUGUGAAUCAAUAAAACUUCAUCACAUACAAA